AUGACAGCAAAGCGACUCAUUGUCUGUUGCGAUGUCCCAGGGACGUGGCAGGAUUCAACCGAUGAUGUGAGCGAGCCUCCGUCCAACGUAACUCGACUUUCGCGAGCGCUCAGUCCUAGCGCGAUCGUCGAGGAAAACGGUGUGCGACGCGAGAUUCCCCAGAUCGUGUACUACCAGAAGGGCGUGGGGACCGGGACGGGCGACAAAUACUUUGGAGGUACAGUUACACAGUGCAACUUCCCCAGUCCACUUCCCAAUACUAAUCAAGACUGGACAGGUGUCACUGGCGUCGGUCUCAGCGCGAAUGUCCGCGCCGCGUAUGGCUUCCUGGUCGACAACUAUGCCGACGGCGACAAGAUCUACUUCUUCGGGUUUUCGCGAGGCGCAUACACGGCGCGCGCUGUCGCGGGUCUUGUGACACAAUGGGGCCUGCUCACGAAUCGCGGGAUGGACAACUUCUCCAACGUGUACAAGGACUUUUAUGACAAAAAGAUCGCAGGAUACACGGACGAGGAGCGACGCAAGCUGGGAUUCCGCCCUCCGCUUCCCCGGUUCACGGUCGAGCUUAUUGGCGUCUGGGACACGGUCGCGUUUCACAAGCCUUGGCUGGGCAAGUGGUAUGGCGAACAGCUGGAGUUCCGGAAUACGCAGCUCUCGAGGGAGGUCAAGUAUGCGUAUCAUGCGCUCGCGCUGGACGAGGAGCGAACAGCUUAUCAGCCGACGCUCUGGUCCGAGCCGGAUAACCCGGACGGACAGGAGAUGCUCCAGGUCUGGUUCUCUGGGGUGCAUACGGACGUCGGCGGGGGUGGCGAUGACCCCCGGCUAUCGAAUAUCGCGCUGGCUUGGAUGAUAGCGCAGUGCACGAAGCACAACCAGCUCGCUUUCGACAUCGAGGAGUAUCUCUUUGACCACCCCCCCCGGGAGAUCGAGGCAGAUACCACGUGGGCGACCAAGUUGGGCAAAGUCCCACACGGUAGCUUCACUCGAACCCUCGAGGGGCUGCUGGGUGGGAAGUCGGUCCGCACACCCCUUGCGUAUGCCCAGGCUGGCUCCGAGAAGCGCCCGACGCAUGAGUUGAUUCAUGUCUCGAUCAAGGAUCGGGCGCUUAGUGUUGCGCCAGCUGGGGCCGUGCGGUGGGCCUCGCCUGUCAUUCGGGGACAGCAGGCUGGCGCUGCUCGGACCUGGAAGCUGGAGAACGGGCGUGAACUCGUUGAGGAUGCUCCCCUGGACGCUGAGUAUUUUAUGAAGGGGAGGAUUCGAACGGUGCAUGUGGACAAGGCGGAUUGA